AUGUUACGAUCAAGACUGCUUCCAAGCCUGCGGGCGCUCCCCAUUCGCCAUGCAAGGUCGUUUGGCUUCUCCAGCUCCGCCAGCACCUCCCCGUCAAUGAACAUCCCUAUGCCGUAUAUCGAAGAGACUUCACAACGAAUAAUAUGUUUAAACGGCGAAAUCGACGACUACAUGUCAGCUUCCAUAGUUGCCCAGCUUCUUUGGUUGGAAUCAGACGCCCCCGAGAAGCCCAUUACGAUGUAUAUCAACUCUCCGGGCGGCUCCGUCACAUCAGGCAUGGCGAUAUACGAUACGAUGACUUAUAUCAAAUCCCCCGUCGCGACUGUAUGCAUCGGAGGUGCCGCGUCCAUGGCAGCUAUCCUACUGGCUGGUGGCGCGGCAGGCAAACGCUGCGCCCUUCCACAUAGCUCCAUCAUGAUUCAUCAGCCAUUGGGCGGCACUCGAGGGCAGGCAUCGGACAUUUUGAUCUACGCGAACCAGAUACAAAAGAUACGAGAGCAGUCUAACCAGAUUAUGCGAUACCACUUGAACAAGGCAAAGGGAUUUGACAAGUAUAGCCUGGAAGAGAUUAACGAUCUCAUGGAGAGAGACAAAUACCUAAGUGUGACGGAAGCACUGGAGCUGGGCGUCAUUGACGAGGUAUUCACGACGAGAAAAGACAAGGAUACCCAGCCAAAGAAGGAAGAGGAAGAGGAGGAAAGAAAGUACUAA